AUGGGGAGGUAUCACAAAUAUUGGUUUAACAGGAAAUUUGAAGGAGAUGGGCCGAGAUUGCAAUUUUCAUUGUUAGGAGAAUAUUUGCUAGCCAAGGAGAAUGUUGAGGAUGGUGGGCCUACAAAAUACGAUAUAAUGGAUUGCGCCUUAUCAAAGGCAUUUGCCGCGAGUUGGAAUUGUUUCAAGAGUGAUUACGUGAAUAUUUCUGACAAAUCGAUGAAAGACUUGUGGCGUCUAGGAUCCUUGUUAUGGGUAUUCUGCUUACUUCCAGUUUGGAUCCCUAUAAUAAAAGUGUGCCACAAUUUUCGACAUGACCGUCGAAAUGCUGACCCCGACUACAAGCUCCCCCUCGCAGCUUUCGCUUCUCCUCUGAUGGUUUGGUCAAUGGGUUACGUGUCAUUCUCUUCAGUAAUCUGA